CCAGUCGACGACUCCCCGCGGCGGCGCGCGGACAUGGCUGACACGGCGCUGGCGGCCGCCAUGAGCCCCCUGGGCGCGCCGGGCCCGGGGCGCCGCGCCAGCUGCUCCAGCGCGGGCAGCAAGCGCCGCUCCGCGUGGAUACGGCGCAGCCGCGCGGGCGGCUCCUGGGGCCACGUCGACUCCCUGGGGUCGGCGGGGUCGGCGUCCUCGGGCCGCGGCCUCGGUGGAACGGCCAGACUGGAAGUGCCCGCCGUGCACCGGCGCAGGAGGGGUGGCGGCAAGCCCGAGCAUGGCGAUAGCUUGGGCAGGAUGUCCCCCAUCGAGUACGUGCUCCAGACGCGGGCGCUCACCCCGGACGGCUACCGGUCGCCGUCAGGCCGCCAGUCCCCGGAUGCCUCCGACGGCUGCCUGCUGCCCGGGAGCCCAGGGCCCGCCGCCGAGGCCGACCCUGACACCGGCCUGUGUUGUCGUCGCGAGGAGGCCGCGGCGGGCUGCGGCCGACCCUCCUGGGGCGUCGUGCUCGAGGACGCGCGUCUCCAAGCCGAGGGGCAGGCCCGGCGGCGCGCCUACGAGGCGGCGGAGCGGGCGGCGGGGCGCGACGCGGACCCGGAGGUGGCGGCCAGGCUGGAGGCGGGCCAGGACCUCUACCCCAACUGCCACGUCCACAUCUGGCUGAGGUCCUGCAAGGAGGAGGUCUGCCAGCCGCUCCGUGGCGCGACCAGCGGUUGCAUCCCGCGGUGGAUCCGGGGCACUCUGCUGCGCAACGGCCCGGGCAGCCUGGAGUGCGGCAGGGAUAAGUUCCAGCACCUGUUCGACGGCGCGGCCCUCCUGCAGAGUUUCCGCAUCGCUGACGGCGAGGUGUCGUACCAGAGCCGCUUCCUGCGCUCGCAGACGUGGAGGCGCAACGCGGCCGCCAGGCGCAUCGUCGUCACGGAGUUCGGGACCCGCGCGGCUCCCGACCCCUGCCAGACCAUCUUCAAGAAGGUCGCCGCCAUGUUCCGUCCGGGAGAGGUGAUGUCGGACAACGCCAUGAUCUCCGUGUACCCGGUGGGCGACGAGUUCUUCGCCUUCACCGAGAGCCCCGUCAUGACCCGCGUGGACCCCGUGACGCUGCGCACGCUCGAGAGGGUCAACGUGGCGAGCACGCUGGGCAUCGUGAACCACACGUCGCACCCGCUGGUGCAGGAGGACGGCUCCGUCGUCAACCUGGGCAUGAGCCUGAGCGCCACGGGCCCGCAGUACUCGCUCAUCCACUUCCCCGCGCCGCAGCCCGGUGGCGCACCGCUCGCCGCGGUGGAUGCCGGCCGUCUGCGCGGCGGCGUGGCGGCGCGCUGGCCGCUGCACCCCGGCUACAUGCACUCGUUCGGGGCCACGGCGUCGCACUUCGUCCUCGUGGAGCAGCCCCUGUCCGUGUCCGUGCCCGCCAUGGUGCGCGGCCAGCUCAGCGGGGACCCCCUCGCCGCCAGCCUGCGCUGGUUCCCGGAGCACCCGACCCUCCUGCACCUGGUGAGCCGCGACACGGGCCGGCGGACGCACACCUUCGAGGCCGACUCGUUCUUCUUCCUUCACGUCAUCAACUGCUUCGAGCGGCCGUCCCUGGCCGGCGAGGACAGCCCCGCCGAGCCGGGCGAGGUCGUCGUGGACAUCUGCUGCUACAAGGACCCCGCCAUGAUCAGCUGCAUGUACAUCGACGCGCUCCAGGACGCCCAGCAGAACCCCGACUACGCGCGCCUGUUCCGCGGCCGGCCGCUGCGCUUCGUGCUGCCGCUGGCGGCGGGGGCCCAGCAGCUGGCCGGCGGCCGGGUGCAGCCGCGGCCGCUGUGCGACCUGGGCUGCGAGACGCCGCGGAUACACCCGCGCCUCACGUCCAGGCCGUACCGCUUCUUCUACGCCAUCUCCGCGGACGUGGACGCCGACAACCCCGGCACGCUCAUCAAGGUGGACACGUGGACGGGCAGCUGCGCCACGUGGGGCGAGGCCGGCCUCUACCCCAGCGAGCCCAUCUUCAUCCCGCGGCCCGACGGCCAGGCCGAGGACGACGGCGUGCUGCUGUGCGCCCUGGUGUGGGGCGACGACGACCGACGCGCCGGGCUGCUGGUGGUCGACGCGCAGGCCAUGGUGGAGCUCGGCCGCACCGAGUUCACGGCGCCCAGCCAGGUGCCCAAGUGCCUGCACGGCUGGUUCGCGCCGGGCGUCGUGUAAGGGGGUAGGUGCUGGUGGGGAGGCUAACAAGUCGCGUGUUCUGGAGAUGUGUGAUGUGUGAGGCUAUAAUGUACAGAGUGCCUGCCUGACAAAUGUAACUAUCGUAUACGCUUUGGUGAAAUAUGGCGGUGAGGAGUCGGGAUAAGUAGGAAGGUAAAAUAAUUACAUUUAGACUAAGAAAAACAUUGAGUUUUGUAUAUUAAUGUACAGCAUUUACAUCUCAGUAAUGGGUCUUACCAUCUGCACAGACACCUUUUUUGACGGCGUAAUACUUAAAUAUUUACCGCUUUCAACAUGGUACAAGUCACCUAAGCUUAUGUGAAAUCUAUCGGUCAGAUCGAGUGCCACAAAACUGCUGCAGGGAGCAAUUGAAAAAUUUGAACAUUUUUUGCUAGACUGUAUUAUGAUAAAUGACAUAGUGUUUCUUAAGUAGCCACGAAAUUGCAGUACUUGUCUGACCAAUUAAUACCUACAAUAGUUAAUAAAUAAAACCAAUAUGAGUGGUCAUUCUUAUCAUAAAUAUAAUAGCACGUUUAAUAUAAAUUAAUGGCAAUUUUUGGAUAGAAGCUGUAAAUGACACAAGAUUCUAACUGGCUUGUAUUUGUGAAUAUGUACAUAUGGCACGCGCUUAGUUAAUGAAUGAAGCAUAAACACUAAAUGAUGAGAACUAACAUCCUAUUGCCUGACUUAACUUAAAGCAGAAAACAUAACAUUAAUUAGAGUCUUCAAGCAAACAGGAGUGACAGACACAGUGUUACUUUUGUAACUGUUUUGGUAUGAAUCUCCCAAAGCUAAUGCCUUUUAGUUAAGUUCAUGAAACAAAACAACUGAAAUUCCACUCCUGUUUGAUUGAAAAUCAUAUGUCCCCUUAAUUAGGUCUGUUUGGUAACAAUCAAAGUUAUAUAGAAGGAAUUAGAUAACAAUUCUCCGAAGGAAUGCGUGAUGUUAAUGAAAAUGACAUGUUUGAAUCCUGUAAUACUGUCACUUCCUUUCAUUCAGUAAAAGUAAAAGUUUGAGAAAUGAUCAAAAUAUUGUAAAAAGAAAGUUUUUGGAACAAAAUAAGAGUUUUUCAGGAACAUUCGGUAAAGAAUAAUAUGUUAAAAAUUCGGUUGACAAAACAAAAGAGAUAAAUCUUAGUAUUUGUAUGAGGAGAAGCAAUCACUGAUUAGAGUUACCUGACUACCAGGGUGGUAGCACCCACAGCAGGUGAUUGGAUGCAUUUUGUUCCUCUUGGUGAUGUACUUUGUAUCAAUGAAAAGAAUGCUGUUUCCAGCACGUUUUUCAA